AUGACACGUUUGGCAAGCUGUAACGCGACGUUGACAGAGCCAAACUCACCACUCUCUGAGGCUCUCACUCUCUCAGACGUCGCGCAUGCAGAUGGAGACAUAUAUCUCUUUCUGAAAGCUGUCCUGCAUUGCCUCUUCAUCAUGGCCCGGCUGCACAUGUAUAUCGCGGGUUCGGCCGUUCUGGCAAAGGUCGUGCUCCUGCGCGCAUACUACGAGCGGCCCAACUUUUACUCGGCUGCCGUGUAUAUCUCACAGAGCACUGGCUCGCUCAUGUUCCUGAUAAACCUAGCCCUGAUCGUUCUCGCAAGCUUCGGAUAUGGACUUCAGCGCCUCUUCUACGGUCCGCUACGCCCGAUCGAGACGGAACAGCUAUAUGACAAGGCCUGGUUCGCCAUCAGCGAGACCUUGUUGGCCAUGACCAUCUUCCGGGACGACAUUGGAAUAGGUUUCUUCGCCAUGUUUGUGUGUUUACUGAGUGGGAAGCUGUGGCAGUGGAUCGGAGAAGGACGUGUAGAAUUCCUCGAGCAACAACCCCCCACCAACCCGAAGCUCUUUCACGCCCGCUUAAUAUCCUCGCUGCUCCUCUCUGUGGCCUUCGACAUCUUCAUGAUGAACUACAGCAUCAACACGAUACUUUCAAAUCCAAGAGCUGGCGUUAUGAUCAUGUUCGGAUUCGAAUACGUACUCCUCACAAUCGCCUCAAUUUCGACCCUUUUGCGUUACGUGCUGUCGUUGGUGGAAAUUUACGUCACACACCGCCAGCAGAUAGCUCGGGAUGAAGCUUUGAGGCUUGCAAGAGAGCAAGCGCAGCAACGGAGAGAAGCUGGCGAUGGAGAACCCGAGAAUGCGGACGAGGAUGAUGACGAUGACGACGCAGAUGUUCCUGGAUGGGAAGAGAAGGGACGAUGGGUGUUCUAUCUGGACCUGGCUACCGACUUCAUCAAAUCUGUCCUCUACGUCGGCUUCUUUUUCAUCCUCAUAGCGAUUUCCGGGAUCCCGAUUCACAUCAUGAGAGAUCUCUUCAUAACAUGCCGCUCUUUCUAUAAUCGCGUCAACGACUUCAUUCAGUACCGGAACGCAACUCGCGACAUGAAUACUCGCUAUCCGGAUGCUACAGCCGAGGAGUUGGAAAGGGAAAACACGUGCAUUGUUUGUCGCGAGGAAAUGAAACUUUGGGUUCCGCAGGGAGCCGCCGAUGCUCAACCGGGUCGGCGCGUCGACGAACGACAAAGACCAAAGAAGCUUCCAUGUGGACAUAUUCUCCAUUUCAGCUGCUUGAGGAGCUGGCUGGAGAGGCAGCAAGUAUGCCCUACGUGCAGGCGUCCCGUUCUCUCCUCGCCCAUUGUCCAGGCAAAUCAACCCAACGCAGGUCUACAGAACGCCGAACGACCCCGGAAUGGUAUCAUGGGGGUGCCGUGGGGCAACGCUCAACAACCCGAGGCACGUCCACCUGGACAACCCGCACAGCCUGGGCAGCCAGCACAACCAGCGCCUGGUGCUCAGCCAAAUCGACCUGUGGGCAAUCUGCGGGUUUUCAACCUCGGCCCUAUCCGAAUUGCUCUGGGCAAUCUUCGUGUACCUGCCAACCAGGCAGGCAACGCCAAUAAUAUCAACAACAACAAUGAUACGAUAGCCAACUUGGCGCAACAGCUUGCGCAGAACCAAUAUCUCCAUCCACAACAGCAGCCACCACUGCCACAAGGUUUGACACUGCCACAGAUGCACGUGCCCGUGAUACCUGGAGCCGUCGGGCAACACCCCUCUGAUAUACAAAUGGACAUUUUGCGCAUCCAGCAGAACAUUAUCGAAUCUAUGCGGCAACUCAACGUUCAACAUACUCAGUUGCAAUAUAUGCAUUCUCUCAUUGCGGAGUUGAACCGUCUCCAGCAGGCCUCGGGUAUCACAGCGACAGCGACAGGCUUCGAUCUGCCGCCUCUAGCCCCUCUAAACCCACACUUUUCCGCCGACAAUACUAUCCCGCAGGCGUAUUCCCCCAACGGUCCCGUUCUUCGGCAGGGUGACGCUAGCUUGCCGAAUGGAGUGGUGCUCCCCGAGGGGUGGACAUUGAGGCCGAUGGUUGCGACCACAACACAAUCUGAGCCUCCUGUGGCAGCAACAAAUUCAAAUUCAACAGCUGGGCCUCAGGCCACCCCAGAUCGGUCAUUAGAAUCGAGUUGGAGCUUCGGUAACGUCGGAGGGGACACGGAAGCGGAAGGAUCGAGUUCGGCGGUGGCAGGCAGCAACUCAGAGGAGCACAACUUGACCAGGCGCACUGUUACAGUCGAAGAUGCAAACGACGAGGGCCAAUGA